AUGGAAGCAACAUGUGCUGUAGUGCCCUCUGUACAGGAAAUAGCAAAGGAGACAUUGACUAGAGUUCCAGAACGUUAUAUUCGACCACAACAUGAACGUCCAACAUUAUCUACCAAUUUUCCUUUACCCCAAGUUCCUGUCAUUGACUUUAGCAAAUUGUUGUCCCAACAUCUCAAGGGACCUGAAUUGGAGAAGUUACACUAUGCCUGCAAAGAAUGGGGUUUCUUUCAGCUGAUUAAUCAUGGAGUCAGCACUUCAUUGGUGGAAAGUGUGAAGACAGGUGCUCAAGAAUUCUUCAAUCUUCCAAUGGAAGAGAAGAAGAAGUUUGGGCAGAGAGAAGGAGAUGUGGAGGGAUAUGGUCAGGCCUUUGUAGUCUCUGAUGAACAGAAAUUAGAUUGGGCAGAUAUGUUUUUCAUGUUCACUUUACCAUCACACAAAAGGAAACCCCACUUGUUUCCCAACAUUCCCUUGCCUUUCAGAGGUGAUUUGGAGGCAUAUUCUGCAGAAUUGAGAAACCUAGCGAUACAGAUCCUUGAUCUUAUGGCAAAUACCCUUGAAGUAGAUCCCAUGGAAAUAAGAGAGUUAUUUGGUGAAGCGGAGCAAUCACUGAGGAUGAAUUAUUAUCCACCAUGUCCCCAACCAGAGCUUGUGAUAGGACUCAAUCCUCAUUCUGAUGGUGGUGGCCUAACUAUUCUUCUCCAAGCCAAUGAAGUGGAAGGUCUUCAAAUAAAAAAAGAUGGACUGUGGAUUCCUGUUAAACCCCUCCCUAAUGCUUUUAUCGUCAACCUUGGAGACAUGUUGGAGAUUAUGACAAACGGAAUUUACCCAAGCAUCGAACACCGAGCAACAGUUAACUCGGAGAAGGAGAGGCUUUCCAUAGCCACAUUUUACAACCCUGAUAUUAAUGCAAUUAUUGGUCCAGCGCCAAGCCUUGUAACUCCAAAAUCACCAGCAGUGUUCAAAAGAAUUAGUACAGGAGAAUACUUCAAAGGAUACCUUGCACAAGAACUCCGUGGGAAAUCAUUCCUUGAUAGCAUUAGGAUUUCAGCUGAAAAUGAGAAAAGCUCUAAAGUUGGAACUAUGGAAGCAAGAUCUGUUCUGGUUCCAUCUGUCCAAGAGCUAGCAAAGGAGCCAUUGACCAGUGUUCCAGAACGAUAUGUUCGUACAUAUCACGAUCUUCCAAUAGUAUCUAACACUGCGUCUUUACCCCAAGUUCCAGUCAUUGACUUAAGCAAAUUGUUGUCCCAAAAUCUCAAAGGACCUGAACUAGAGAAGUUACACUAUGCCUGCAAAGAAUGGGGUUUCUUUCAGCUGGUUAAUCAUGGAGUGAGUACUUCAUUGGUGGAAAAUGUGAAAACAGGUGCUAAACAAUUCUUUGAUCUUCCUAUGGAAGAAAAGAAGAAGUUUUGGCAGAGAGAAGGAGACAUGCAGGGAUUUGGUCAGUCCUUUAUUUUCUCUGAGGAACAGAAACUAGAUUGGGCAGAUAUUUUUUACAUGAUGACACUUCCAUCUUACAUAAGGAAACCUCAUUUAUUUCCCAACAUCCCCCAACCAUUCAGAGAUGAUUUAGACACCUAUUCUGCAGAAUUGGAAAACCUCGCCAUCAAAAUCCUCGACCUGAUGGCAAAGGCUCUUGCAAUAGACCCCAAUGAAAUUAUAGAGCUAUUUAAGGAAGGAACUCAAGUAAUAAGGAUGAAUUAUUAUCCACCGUGCCCACAACCCGAGCUUGCCAUUGGCUUAAAUACUCAUUCUGAUGCUUCUGGCCUCACCAUCCUUCUCCAAGUCAAUGAUAUACAAGGCCUUCAAAUAAGAAAAGAUGGAAUGUGGAUUCCUAUUCAACCUCUCCCUAAUGCUUUCAUCAUCAACAUAGGAGACACUUUAGAGAUGAUAACAAAUGGGAUUUACCCGAGCAUUGAACAUCGAGCAACAGUUAACUCAGAGAAGGAGAGGAUUUCCAUUGCUACCUUUUAUGGCCCUAACAGCCAUGCAACUAUAAGUCCAGCACCAAGCCUUGUUACUCCAGAAAGACCAGCACAGUUUAGAAGUAUUAGUGUUGCGGAACACUUUAAAGGGUACUUUUCACGAGAACACCAUGGUAAAUCAUACCUUGAUGAAAUGAGCAUCCAAAAUGAGAAUGCUAAAAUCAGUUAGAAAAUGUGUUGUAAACACAACAAUAAAGCAUAUGGUGCUAAAGCUUCU